UUACAUUAUAUCUGCAACACUGUAGGCUCAAUGGACAUGGACAACACAUCCUCUACUGACUUCACUUUCAUGGGGCUGUUCAACACAGAGGAAACCUCAGGCCUUGUCUUUGCCAUCAUCUCUGUCAUCUUUCUCACUGCCCUGGUGGCCAAUGGGGUCAUGAUCUUCCUGAUUCGCACGGACGUUCAUCUCCACACCCCUAUGUACUUCCUCCUCAGCCACUUGUCCUUCAUUGACAUGAUGUACAUCUCCACCAUUGUGCCCAAGAUGCUAGUUGACUAUCUGCUAGGGCAAAGGACCAUUUCCUUCAUGGGAUGCACAGCUCAACACUUCCUCUACCUCACCCUUGUAGGAGCCGAGUUCUUUCUCCUGGGCCUCAUGGCCUAUGAUCGCUAUGUGGCCAUCUGCAAUCCACUGAGGUACCCUGUCCUCAUGAGUCGCAGAAUCUGUUGGAUUAUCAUAGCAGGUUCCUGGUUCGGGGGAUCUUUGGAUGGCUUCCUCCUCACUCCAAUCACCAUGAGUUUUCCCUUCUGUAGUUCACGAGAGAUUAACCACUUCUUCUGUGAAGCCCCUGCUGUGCUGAAGUUGGCGUGUGCAGACACAGCACUCUAUGAGACAGUGAUGUAUGUGUGCUGUGUUCUGAUGCUGCUGAUUCCUUUCUCUGUAGUAAUUUCUUCCUAUGGUCGCAUUCUGACUACUGUCUACCGUAUGAGCUCUGUGGAGGGGAGGAAGAAGGCAUUUGCCACUUGCUCAUCUCACAUGACUGUGGUAACCUUGUUCUAUGGCGCUGCCAUGUAUACCUACAUGGUGCCACACUCUUAUCAUUCACCAGCACAAGACAAAAUCUUUUCUGUGUUCUACACCAUCCUCACACCCAUGUUGAACCCCCUCAUCUACAGCUUGAGGAACAAGGAUGUGACCGGAGCUCUGAGGAGGGCACUAGGGAAGUUCAAGAAUUCUCAGCGAGUCUCAGGAGACUUUUGACAGGU